CAACUCUAAUCAAGAGGGCGACUGAGCCACAUCGCCUUUCCCAAGACACGCCUCACGCACGCACAGCUAGCACUGCCAUACUCUACUCUGCCACCCUCCGCCCCUCUAUUCUAUUUUGUUCCCUUCCGCCAAGCCAAGCCCAGCCCAGCCAAGAAGAAGAGAAGAGAAGACAACUCGCUCCCUCGCUCGCGCUCCCAUCCCGACGCCGCCCGCCGCCUCCAGCGAACGAGGCACCGCGUCCCCCACCUCGAUCCGAUCCAUGGCUUCCGCUGCGGCGUCGCGCCCCCCGGCCCCGCCGCCGCCGCCUCCCCCGCCCCCGCCGUCGGCCGCGAUGCAGUGGCUCGGCCCGCGCGUCUCCUUCAGCCUCGAGGACGCCGGCGGAUGCACGGCUGCGGGGGGUGGGGCAGCGGGGAAGGCGAGCAACGACUUCGAGUUCCUGCUCGCCGGCUGCUCGGCCGUCUCCACCAUGCUGCCCGCCGACGAGCUCUUCUCCGGGGGCAAGCUCGUGCCGCUCCGCCUCCCGUCUUCGAGCGGCUGUUCGUCGGAGGUGGUGACCACGCGGCCUCCGCCGGCGCCGGCGGCGACAACGCAGCAGCAGCAGCAGCCGGAGACGCCGAGGGCGGAGGAGGAAACGAAGGAUGCGGUGGUGGAGGCGGAGCAGGCGGCGGAGGAGCCCAAGGUUCCGGCCAGGAGGUGGAGGGACCUGCUCCGGAGGCGGAAGCAGCAGGCGUCGUCCUCCUCCUCCUCGUCCACGGAGACCAAGCAGCCGCUCCGCCGCCUCCUCCGCCGCGGGCCGAAGCCGCCCGAGCAGGAGCCGUCCCUCAGCCUCCCGCUCCUCCGCGACCCCAACGAGCCCGACAAGCCCGCGCCGGCACCCGCAUCGGCCCCGACUCCAUCGCCGACCCCGCCGCCUCCCGUCAGCACAUCGCAGCACCAGCUCCCGCCAAAGAUCCGGCUCACGGCGGCGCAGGUUGCCGCGCCGCCACCCCCGCCACCCCCUCCUCCACCUCCUCCCUCCGCCGUGGCCGCCGACAGCCCGCGCCUGAACGCGGCCGGCAAGGUGGUGUUCAACGGGCUGGGCCGCAGCUCGAGCAGCCCGAGCAGCCUGGCGGGCGGGCGGCGCCACCGGUCCGGGUCCGGCGGCAGCGGCAUGGAGCGGUCCUACUCGGCGCACGUGCGCGUGACGCCGGUGCUGAACGUGCCCGUCUGCCGCAAGUCCGUGUCCGUGUUCGGCAUCGACCGGCUCUUCUCCCCGUCAUCCGCGUCCACCGCCGCCGCCGCCCACGCGGCCGCGAAGAAGCAGGGGAAGGUGGCGAAGAAGGAGGCGACCGCACCACCACCACCACCAUCCUCCUCGCAUUAACGUCCGUGUCUGUCCAUCUCGGCAUCAUUAUCAGGGAACAUACUACUCCUACAUAGCAGCAGCAGACACCACCACCACACCGCCAUUGAUGAGCUUGGGACGAGCCGUUUUAAUCCUACUGUUUUUGGCUGACGACGCUUAAUUAGGUGUUUUUGUUGGAAAAUUAAGCUUAGCUCCAAGAGUACGCUUGAGUAAUCAGCUGCGUGAGGACAAGUAACUUGAAUUUGGGAUGUAAAUACAGGCGAGGUAGUAGUGAUCCGGCGAGUGAGUUCUUCUUUUUGCUAGUGCGUGAGAAAGUACUGAUGGUGGUUGUGAUGAGACCCGUUGAUGAUGAUGAUGAUGAGGUUA